AUGUUCUACCUAUUUUUUGUAGCAAUAAAUAGCACUAUUAUGGUAGAAGAAACAGAUAUAAGAUCUAUGGAACUACUUUAUGGUGACAGUUACUUAUACAAUGAAAAUUAUAAAUAUUUAAAACCCAAUACUGGUGGUACAAAAUAUUUCGAUAAUCCAGCUGAAAGAACAAUUUAUUUGAUUGAUAUAGAGCAUACGGGGGAAAAAACUAAAAUUGAAGGACAGAAAGAUGUUUUAUUAGAUUCGGAUAUGAUUAAUAAAAUAGCUGUUUGUCUAGUAGUUUGCUUUUUUAUUUUUUUAGUGAUAAUUUCAUUUUUACUGAUACUAUACGUAAAAAUUUCGAUUAAAAAUUUUGCUUCUUUUCAAUUUACUUCUUAA